UCUCCGUAAAAAAACAAACAAACAAAACAAUCCUGCCACGCCUGUCUACAAUAGAAACUUCCGCUGUUACUCCAAAUGUUAGCGGUUACCAUAGAAACAGUAAACGCGAUUGGUUAGCCUGGAAACCAAGGUCGACACUUUGAUCGGAGCACCGUAUUUUAGCACAGUUUUGGCACUUUAUUUCAUAAUUGUGCUGCUUUACCCCCACGAAAUUGAUACACAGACAUGUCGCAAAGUUCCUACAACCAGGUCUGGAAAGAUGCCAUGUCAGAGCUGAGUAGUCUCCUGGCUGAAGAACUACCUCCUGUGCCCAUUCCACCUCAGCGAGACAGAGUGGUGUUCUUCCAGCGGCUGGCGACCCUUUAUGUGCGCUACGUUCAAGUCUUCAGGCAGCUGGAGGAAGCCCACAACAUGCUGGUCCACCCUCAGAAGAGACGACUUAUUCUUCUACUUCUCAAGGGCGUAAUGGGGCGGGUGCUAGAACUGAAGUAUGAAAUGGUGGAGAAAGAGUUUUCAGAGUACCACUAUGUGGAUGACAUCCUGCAUGCACUGAAACUCACGCCUCCUGCACUUGAGAUCCCCAUUCCAUACUUCUUUGUCGGUGAGCGCAGCAAAGAAACUGAAGAACGAAAAACGAUGGUGCUGGAUGUCCUGAAUUUGGCGGAUGGUUCAAAAGACCUUGAUACUUCAAUGGACAAAGUUAUGACUGAAGCGGAGGCCAUAAAGAUCAUUCAAAUGGUGGAGAGGGCGUGGCAAGGGAGGAUUAGGGCAAAGUUAAACAAAGACGUCAGAUUUAGCAAUUUCGACAGACGGCACAGGGCCAAAUCCGCUGGAUCAGCUUUCAAUGAGUUGGCCGCCAUCCGCAUUCAGAAGAUAUGGAAGGGGUACUUACAAAGAAAGAAAACAAGGAUUGCUCGAGAUGAGGAGAUGAUUUUUCUUGGAAUGGUUAUGGAUCCGAAAUACCAGACCCCUCUUCAGGCAGAGAUUGAUGCCCAAGCUAUCGACACUUCCAUUCGAGUUAGACAAAAGAAACACGAGGAAGUUUACCUAAAUGCAAUAGAUGCAAUUUUGAAGCAAAUACGAGAAUUGGAGUGGAAUGACAUGGCCAAGACGAUGAAAAAUCAGAUUCGACAGUGGUUUUAUGAAUGUCGUAAUACCACAGGACUAUUUCCAGACUAUCCAACUGUUGAAGAGGGAGGUUCAGCCAUCAUAUUUGCUGAAAAAACCCCUCAGCAGUUAGUGGAAGAAAUUGCUUUACAAGAAGAGGAGGCAGCGUCCAAAUCAAAAGCGAAAGGGAAGGACGACAAGAAGGCAAAAGAUAAGAAAGACAAGGGAAAGGGGAAGGGUGCAGAGGACGAUGAUGAAGGGUUGACGAUGAUGCCAUCUGCUUUUCUUUCAGAAUUGGAAGUGGCAAACAAAAGAUAUGAAGAGGUUUGGAAAACCCGUAAUGAGUCUGAAAACUUCACCCAGAUUCACGAAGUGGAGCUGAUUAAGGAAGAAAUGAGAAAAAUCGUAGAAGAGGAAGUUCGAUUACAGGUUGAUGAGGAGAUGCGAGAGGAACUUGCUGAGUUGAAGUUGGCUGUAGAUAAAGAGAAACCUGGCAAACAAAAAGGACCAAAGAAGAAAAAAGGGUCUAAAGGUGGAAAGAAGAAGAAAAAGGAAAAAGAUCUGACACCUGAUAGGACCCUUGAGUCUUUGUGUGAAGAGCUUGUGCAGCAAGGCUUACUGAAACGGGCAAAAAAUUUUCGGAUGCAAGAUUUCUUGGGUGACUAUAAUUAUCUUGGUACUACACUGAGACAAAACGACAUCGAGCCCAUGCCAUCAUUGUUAGAUGUCCGUCAAGUCUUAUCUUUAUAUGGAAUUUUACCAUUAGGCGCUCCAGAGGUUCAUGAGAAGGCUCCUCUAAUAAAGUCCAUACUGCUGGUGGGGCCGGCAGGUGUGGGCAAGAGCAUGUUGGUCCAUGCAAUUUGCCAGGAGACGGGGGCCACUAUGUUUGAUUUGUCCCCCUAUAGCACAGCAGGAAAAUACCCAGGCAAGCCUGGACUGGCCAUGAUGCUUCAUAUGGUGUUUAAGGUUGCAAGGCUUUUGCAACCCUCUGUGAUUUGGAUUCAAGAUGCGGAGAAAAUGUUCUACAAAAAAGUUCCCAAGGAUGAAGAACAGCUGGAACCUAGGCGACUGAAAAAAGAUUUGCCUAAGUGUCUUAAACUGAUCAAACCAGAAGAUCGUGUCCUGAUAAUUGGAACAACAAAAGGCCCACAGAAUUCUGAUCUUAAAUCGAUGUGUAAAAUGUAUGGCAAAAUCAUCCUCAUCCCAAGACCUGACUACGGCUCAAGAUACAUUUUGUGGGAGAAACUUAUUAAAAAGCAAGGAGGAAAAAUAACAAACGCUUUGGACCUCACCUCUCUGACGAAGGUAACUGAUGGCUACACCCCAGGCCAAAUGGUGCAGGUCAUCAGCAGUGUUGUCACCAAGGAUCGCAUCAAUGACUUGACAAAGCACCCCCUCACUGCUGAUGAUUUCAUUGUACCACUUGGCAAGUUUGAGCCCGUGCUCCAGAAGGAGGAAGAGGCGUUAAAAAGCUGGUACGCAAAAACACCUCUAGGAAAAAGAAGGAUUAAAGCUGCUGCUGAAAAAGAAGAUGCACUACUUAAAGCGAAAGAUGCAAAGACCAAAAAGAAAAAAUAAAACUGCACAAAAAGUAAGGGCAUUUUGUUUGGUCAGUAUUUGCUGCUAUGACAUCACUUGGCAGUAAGUCUAUAUAUUUGGAAAACCUCCUUCUUUUUUAUUUAAGUUGUGCCACAUUUGAAAGGAAAAUGCGUUUGUUGUGUGGAGUGUAUGAAUGUAAAACUUUCCAAAGCUCCACUGUAAUCUGAGAGAUAUUGAGAUGAGAUUUUCCAGUCAUUGGCAAUUCAAUAUCUCCACUUUAAGAAACCGAGUUCUAUUUUCGAACACUUCAACACACACCCCACCAUAGCGGGGCUUAUCAUAUGCCAUGAAGAGGAAUCGCCUCUGAGCCGAUUUUGGCCAUUCAUACUUCUCCAAAGGAAGUACAGAAAAUGUGGUCGACAGUGCUAAACGACUGACGGUGUCAAGCAUCGUUAUGUUUAAAACCAAACCAUACAUUAUCACUU